AUGUUUUUUACCGCAAUAGGUAUAGGGGUGUUCGUUUAUGGGGUGGUUUUUUCGGUUUUAGCUUGUUUAGCUGACUGUGAUGUUGAACUUUGGUUAUAUGAGAAAUUAGGAAAAUCUCCACGAAGACUGAAAGGGAAGGUCGUUUUCAUCACUGGAGCCUCAAGUGGUAUCGGAGAACACACGGCUUAUUCCUUGGCUAAAUUCGGCGUAAAAUUGGCACUAGCAGCCAGAAGACCGCAUGAAUUACAACGAGUUAAAAACAAAUGUUUAGAACUCUCGAAAGGUCAGCUAGAAGACAAAGAUGUACUCACCAUUCCUAUGGACGUAACGGAUUGUUCGUCGCACAAAAGACACUUCAGCAUGGCUGUCAACCACUUCGGCAAGGUAGAUAUCUUGUUGAACAACGCCGGGAGAUCCCAGAGGGCGGAAUGGGACGCGACAGAGUUAGCUGUCGAUCAUCAAUUGUUCGAACUCAACGUUUUCGCCGUCGUCAAUUUGACAAGAGUGGCUAUGGAGCAUUUUAACGCCAUGGGACAAGGACAUGUGGCUGUCGUGUCUAGUUUGGCGGGAAUAAUUGGAGCGCCUCAUUCGGGAACUUAUACCGGAUCCAAGCAUGCUAUUCACGGCUACUUCAACAGUCUAAGAAUUGAAAACAUUAGGAAAAAAUUAAACGUAACACUUUUGUGUCCGGGGCCUACUUUUACGAAUUUCUUAGGAGAAGCUUUCACGGGAAAAAUUGGGCAGAAAUUAAAUUCGUCAACUGAUCCAAAGGACAAGCGGAUGACAGCCGAAAGAUGUGGGUACUUAAAUGCCGUAGCUCUUGUAAAUAAAACUCGGGAAUCAUGGAUGGGCGUAUUUCCUAUUAUCCCUUUUACUUACAUAGGAAUUUAUUUCCCUAUAAUUUUCAAUUGUGCACUACAGAUAUUAGGCCCGGAAUACCUGUUCAAGCUCAGAGACAGUAAAAAACCAGAUCAGAAUUCACACAAAGACUGA